AUGUCCUUCUCAUUGCGUUUGCUUUCCCGCACUGCUUCCAAGGUCGCAACCCGUCCAGCCUCUGUCCAAAUCGCAAAGAAUGUCGUUGCUCGCCCAACCUUCGUCAACUUCCCUCGUUACUUCUCCUCUCGCGCUGUUGCGUUCAACCAACACACCACUAAAGUGGUUCAAAUCUUGAACAGCGAAGUCGAACUGGAAACCUCCCAACAAAUCAAGGAAUUGCCUGAAGAAGUUGCUAGCUUCUUGGAAACUUACAAGUUCGAAACGGUCGAAAACAAGGGCAACAAUUUGGCUCACAUCAAGAGAGAAUCAGCCACUGAAACUGUUAACGUUUUCUUCGACGUGGCUCAAGUGGCAAAUUUGCCAGUGGACCCAGCCGCUUUGGACCAAGCCGAAGAAUCGAUGGAAGAAGACUUCGAUUCUAUGGCCGACAACUUCUUCAACGUUAAUGUUGUUGUCGUCAAGAAGGCCGACAACACCGCUGUCGCUUUUGAGCUGUUGAUGAACAUGCAAGAAGGAAACUUCUUUGUCGAUUCCGUUACCCCAUACGAAUCCGCUGAUGCUGCUUUGAACGAAUCUGCCGAAGCAGAAGUUAAGAGAGAAUUGCGUUACCACGGCCCUCCAUUCUCCAACUUGGAUGAAUCCCUACAAGAAUCAUUGGAAUCCUACUUGGAAUCCAGAGGUAUCACCAACCAAUUGGUUUCCUUCAUCUCAAACUACUCCGAGUUUAAGGAAAACAACGAAUAUAUCCAAUGGUUGAACAACAUGAAGAAAUUCUUCGAUUAA